AUAUAUAUUUCGGUGCCAUAAUUCCUUCAUUCCGUUAAUUAGAUUUCGAGUCCACGCAACAACCCAGAAUUAGAUCUCUCAUUAAUUUCUUCUUUAUAUAUGCGCGAUAUGACAUGUACUGGGUGGAUUUGUUCUCUACGAAGAACAGGUAGAUCACGGAAGGAAUGUAACGAAGAUAGAUUGUAUAAGAAGCAAAGCGUGAAUGAGGAAUAUUUGGAAGCAUUCAGAACAAAGUCUUACAUCGAAAUAUGCAACAAAGCACAAGAGGGGAUUGAAAAGACAAGCACCAAAAUGCUAACUUCCUCUUCUUCUUCAAUCCCUUUGUGCAUGCAGCUCACGGAGUAUUUGCUUGAGCCGCAUCAAGAGAUGAUAGCAAACAUAACACAGAGAUUGAAGCUGCAUCAUCUUCUUGUGAACUACUUCGAAGCAAGCUUAGAAGCGUGUCGUUGUUGUGACACAAUCCUUGAAGCCAUCCAUUCAAUGCGACUUGCUUAUCGACGAAUCACAAGGGUUGUUAAGCUAAGCAAAACGGUCCUUGACGAUGAAGAUGAUGACAAUGACGACAAAAUCCACAACAAGUAUGUAAUCUAUAGAGAGUUAGCUUCCUUUGCUAUGCAAAAAAACCCUUUGUCCGUUGUUAUUAGCACCGUGAAGUUCCGUGACAUCCACGACAGAUACGUGGAACUCUUGCAAAGACUGAAAUCAACGAGAAGGGAAAUUCGAAGGAGGUUGACAUUAAAGAGGGUUUGCAAGAAGGUUUUGGGGAUUGCUCUUAUUACUGCUCAUAGCGUGGUUCUUGUUGCUUUGUUAGUGUUUGCUUUUCACAGCAUUGUUGGGUUGGUGGCUGCGCCUAGUAUCGUGUGUGGGUUGGUUGGUUUGUUCGUGAAGAGGGGCCGUGAAAGGUUUAGGUCAAGCUAUUGUGAUGAUGAGAAGCUGUGUGAACAACUUGAUGUGGCUGCAAAAGGGGUUUAUGUUCUGAGCAAUGAUUUGGACACAAUGGGUAGGAUGGUGAAGAGGCUGCACGAUGAAGUGGAGCAUAGGAAAGUGGUUGCUGAGGUUUGUGUGAGGAAUGAGAAGAGUGAGAUACUACUGAAGCAGGUUAUGAGGGAUUUUCAUGAGCAUGAGUCUAGCUUUCUGGAGCAGUUGGAAGAGCUUGAGGGGCAUAUCUACUUGUGCUUUCUCACCACAAACAGAUCAAGGAGGCUUGUUGUGCAAGAAAUUACGGACAAAAAAGUAAAACAUUGAAAAACAACACAUUUCUUAUUCCUUGUUAUCUCUUCCUUUGAGAAAAUUUUUAAGUUAUAUAAGUUAAUCAAAAUUUCGAUGAAUAAAUUAGGAUAAAAUUAAAGUGAUGUUGUUUAUUUUGAAAUAUCAUUUUUCGAUGAAAGAUGAUUUUUCGAGAACACAACAUUAAGGUCACAUGAGUUAGUUAAGUCCAUAUAUAUGAAGAUUCUGCAUGCGCUAGCUAGCUGUCACAGUGGACAUGGAGGAAGGUUUAAUUUCACAAGAAGGAUGGCUCUUCCUUCUCUUUAUGGCAAUUAAGGUGCUUUUGAAUUUGAUGACGCCUCAUUAACGUUUUAAAUCAAUUUUCCUAGACCAUAAUGCAUAUAUGAUGAUAUAUAUACAUGUCUCUAAAAUUAAGGUCGAUCGCAUAAAAAAUCUUAGGUUCGUAGCAUGUACAAGUUUUUGUUUUCUAGUUUUUUGUUAUACAGUCAGUUUCUAUAUAUUGUACA